AUGGCUGUCGGCCGCGAAAAUGGACACACCAAGGGCGCCGAAGAGAACGGGGACCAGCAUCCAAUUCCUAGCAUCGCCCUGACCUAUGAGAGCACCGACCCAGAGAGAUCCGCCCGUCGCCUCGUGCAGGUCAUUCGCCCUGACUGGCGGUCGCCCGACUCGAACAUCGAGCUCGUUCGUUUCACCGAAGGUAUCACAAACACCCUCUUCAAGAUAGUCAACAAGCGCCCCGGGCUAUCCAAAAGCGAUAUCGAUAAGGAGGCCAUCCUCCUACGGGCCUACGGCCAAGGUACCGACCUUAUCAUCGACCGGCACCGCGAGGCCCAGAACCAUGAGUUGCUCAUGAGGCACGGCCUGGCCCCCCAACUGCUUUUGCGCUUCGGGAACGGCAUGCUGUACCGCUUUGUCCCGGGCGCUGUCACCCAACCCGAGGAUCUGCGCAAGCCCGAAAUCUACAAGGCAGUCGCACGCCGUCUGGCCGAAUGGCACGCCGUCGUGCCCUGCAUAUCAGCCCGCACUGGCCACAGCCGUAAGAACUCCAGAGUGGACGGGGCUGUGGGCGUUGCCCUGGAUAGCAACCUCGGCGACGACGAGUUCCAGUUGGCUCUUGACGGCGUCGCCCCGGGAAAGCCGCCGCCGAACAUCUGGACUGUUAUGCAGAAGUGGAUCUUUGCUCUGCCAACCGAGACAGAGGCCGAGAUAGCCCGGCAAGCUGAGCUGCAACAAGAGUUCAAGAAGCUCGUCUCGGAGCUGAGCCAUCGGCCGGGCUUGGGUGUGAAUGGGCUUGUUUUUGCGCACUGCGAUCUCCUGAGCGGAAACGUCAUUGUGCUGCCCAAGUCCCAACUUGCCAACGGCGACAAAUCCUCUGAGCCCACGGUCGCCUUCAUUGACUACGAAUACGCGACACCUUCGCCCGCUGCGUUCGACCUCGCGAACCACUUCGCCGAGUGGGGUGGCUUCGACUGCGACUACAGCGUCCUGCCGACACGCACACAACGGCGCGAGUUCAUUUCUGAGUACAUAACCUCAUACUUCGAAAAGAAGAAGCCGGGUAAGAGUGCUACUGUUGAUAAAGCCGCCGAAAUCGAGCAGCUUCUCCAGGAGGUGGACCACUACCGUGGCCUUCCCGGCUUCUACUGGGGAAUCUGGGCCUUGAUUCAGGCCACCAUUUCCGAGAUCGACUUUGACUAUGCCCGGUACGCCGAGACAAGACUCGGAGAGUACUAUGCCUGGCGGGCUGAGGUGACCGGGGCGCGGGAAAAGUCCGGGCAGGAGAUGCCGUUACGGGAACGGAGAUGGGCACAAGAGAAAUAG